AUGAAGGUGCCACCAGCCCCCACAGAACCUGCUCCAGUGCCACCUCCGCCCACAGAUCAUGCACCUUUACCUCCUGAUCCUUCUUUGUUACAUGGUACUGGGCUUUCCUAUUAUGAUAAUGAUGAUUACUAUUCAAUGGUGAGAGGUAACAAAUUUAUGACAGAGAACUCUUGUAAACACAUUGUAGUGAAUGGUGGAAUUAAUUUUGUAACUGCUCAGAAAGUUGAAGCUCCUCAGUUAACAAAUGUUCUUGCUCCUGGUGUGAAGGCACUUCCUGCAUUGCCAUAUGUGAACUGUCCUCCAGAAAAAUCAGAUAUUGAAUAUAAAGAUGGGGUUAUAGUAAGCGCACCAUUGGAGACUCUAGUUGAUAUGCUAAGACCUGGAGCAAGUAAAUCAUUCAUGUUCACAUUUUUACUGUGUUCCCGAUUAUUUGUUAAACCUCAUGAAUUACUCAGUAAAAUUUGCAAGAGAUAUUUCAAGAGUUAUGAUAAAAUAGGCAAAAGUGAAGUCAAAGAUUUGAUUGAAAAAGAGCUCAAUGACAUGGUUGCUCUUGUAAGAGUGUUGAAUCUGUGGACAAGUAUGUUUCCUUAUGAUUUUCGUGAUGACAGAGUCAUGGCACUUGUUCGUAGUAUUACACAAAGGUGUGCUGCUGAACACAUGUCUUCAGUAAGACUUGAAGUGUCAACUAUGCUUGAGAAGUUGCUUGAUAAACUGACAGCUUUGGAACAAUAUGAAGAAACAUUGGUAGAAAUACCUCAGGUCUCUUCAGUUGAUCAAUUAUCCCAGGGAGAUAUAUUGACUUUAGGCUUGACUCCUGUAGAAUUAGCUAACCAAUUGACAGCUGUGGAAUUACAUAGGCUGUCAUUUGUUGGUCCUGAGGAGUUUGUUCAAACAUUUGCACCUGCUCAGCCAACACAAUCAUCUUCUACAUGUACCAAGAGUAUAAACCUACAUCAUAUCGAAACUAAGUCUACCAGAAACUUAGAGGCUUAUGCAGAUUGGUUUAACAGACUCAGUUAUUUAGUUGCAACUGAUGUUUUGAAGAGUGUGAAAAGCAAAUAUAGAGCAAGAGUUAUUGAACAGUGGGUGAUGACAGCUAGAGAAUGUUUCAAUCUUGGAAAUUUUAAUUCACUAAUGGCAAUUAUUAGUGCACUAAAUAUGUCAUCUGUUACGAGGCUGAAAAAAACUUGGAGUCGUACAUCUGCUGUGUGUGGUCAGCAGUUACGACAGUUGGAGCUGUGCGUUGAGCCUAGUGGCAAUCAUGCCAGAUACCGAGCGGCGUUGGCUGCCGCGCCCACUGAAACAGCUGUGCCGUUAUUAUCAGUAACUUGUAGAGAUUUGCAUUUUGCCAACCAGGGUACACCAUCUAAAUUGGCCAGCAACCGUGUGAACUUCGAAAAGUGUACACUACUGGCACGGCACGUGAGCACGCAGCUGGCGAGCCGUCGUCUCACCAGCGAGGAGCCGCCAGCACAACUGCCCACACCCCACCUGCCAGUGUGGCGGUUUCUCAAUGACAGACCAUCGCUAUCUGAAACUGCUUUGGAGUUGGUAUCGUUUGAACGAGAACCCCCUGUCGAUAACCUUGAGAAAGAACGCCUGAAACGUCUCCGGGGUGCGUCCUAAAUAGGUCAAUCUGCUCGUAAUAUACUCCCAAUAAUAAUCAUCAUUUUCAUUGUUCAAACCCAUCU